GCCUGUCUUGGCCCAAUGGACAUAACCUUGACGAUAAACUUGGAUGGGAGUCCUGUGUUCAACUCCUCUAAGUUCUCGAUAUGGCCCGUCCAGACUAUAAUUAAUGAGUUGCCGCCAGGAUUGCGGUCGAAAAAUGUCACGGUUGCAACGCUGUGGUACGGACAGAGUCAUCCUGAUAUGACAUUGGUGUUAGAGGCAUUUGCCAAGCAAAUGGACUCGCUCGCCGAUAGUGGGAUUGAGUGGACAUGUGAUGGAGAGACCUUUCACUCAAAAGUCUAUUGUUUCACUGCUGUGGCUGACGCUCCAGCCAGGGCUCUGAUGCAGAACACAGUCCAGUAUAAUGGAUACUUUGGGUGUGGCUGGUGUUUGCACCCUGGCAAGUGCAUCGAAGGAACAGUGAAGUACCCCGUAAGCGCUGAAGCUCCACCCGACAGGACUAAAGAAGGGAUGACUGAAGACAUGGAUGAAGCGAACGGAACUGGAGUGAAUGUUCGGGGAGUGAAGGGGCCGUCCCCAUUAAUUAAUUUGGUCGGGUUUGACAUUGUGUGGGGCUUCACACCCGAUUACAUGCAUGGUGUUUUGCUCGGCGUGACACGCCAGUUCAUGGAGUUGUGGUUGUGUGGUGUUGGUACUCCAUAUUACAUAGGAUCACCAAAUUUCAUUAGGAGAAUUGAUGAUCAUACACUCAUGCCCUACACUGUGACGCCAGCCAUCCAUCGUUGCAUUUGUUCACAAGAUCACAGUGCUCUCUUAACCUAUCAUUCAUGCAGUGGCCCAUUUCCUGACAUACCACUUACCACAUGAAAGAGGUAUCUGAUAAACGACAGCUUCUGAGCAUGUCCUAUGUCGUUUCGUGCAAGCAAUUGUCUUCUUUGGUGCUUGACUACUAAUUCUGCAAAUCGAUUUCAGCUUGCAUGGAGCUGAAAAGCUACUUGUACAUUAGCACGUGAUGCCAUCCUUUCCAUAACUGUAGUUGGAUAGCGUAACAACUCAACAGGACACACAGCACAUGGGAAAGGUUCACACACAACACAUCGCACAAACAGAAGUGUAAGUCGUAAAAGGCUUAAAUUAGGAAGUACCGCUCCGUUGCUCUAGUUGGCUGUUCCAACAGUGAUGUCGCUCAAAAAAGAAUAGCUGAUGUGCCAUACUUGCACAAAAUUUAGCAUUACAUAAUAAGGUUGGUGUCACAUACAAAUGUGCAAAUAGUUUUCCAGCUCUAUGAAAGCUGAAAUCAAUUUGCAGAAUUUGCAGUCAAGCACGGAAGAAAACUGCUUGUAAGAAAACGAUAUAGGAUGUGGUUUGCGGAAUGUAGACAAGCUGUUGCUUAUCAGAUACCUCUUUUCUGCAGUAAGCAGUAUCCUGGGCAAACAAGCGGCUGCAUGAAUGAUAGGUUAAGAUAGCAUUGUAAUGUGUGAACCUUUCUUGCAGAACACAAAGGUUUUGUCAACUAACAGAGCUGAACUAACGAGAUUUAUAAUACUAUUAGCUGCAGGAAUUGCAAAAAUUGGGUACCAAUCGUGUUAGCACUCUGUCCCUGUCCUUGUCGGAUAAAGAAUCUGCUUUCUUGAUUGUGCAAUAGUUCGUUAGUUGAUUAGUGUUACGUACGUCUUGUAAAAAUGAAGUGGAAAAAGACAAAUAAAUCUCUGUGCAUGGCUUCUUGGUGCAGUGUGAGGGCACCAACACUGUAUAAAUGUUUGCCUCGUGUGCAAUAAACGAUUUUGUUUAAAGUUAGUGCAUAUGUUGUGUCUCUCCAUUUUAAAUGCGAAGCAUUUCUUAGCGAACCUCUGGCACUUUCAGCGUUUCUAUCUACGUAUCUAUCUAUCUAUCUAUCUAUCUAUCUAUCUAUCUAGCCGCCUACGUCUGGGUGCUCUCAUGAUCGCCUCCUUAACUUGGUGUAGACCAAAAUUGGCAUGGGAGGGUAAGAGGAUUUGACGAAUAUGACUGCCGGGUCAUGGCAUGAAUAACGUUAAAAUCCUGCCGCGUACGCCGUCAAACCCUUUCCACUAGUCACGUGUGGCACAUACCCGUUUACCACGGGCCGCGGUGUACGGGUAUGCGCCACAGGUGAUUGACAGUUUAUCUCUACCCAGGAACGGCGACAACAGAUAUUGGUAACUUAAAUGCUAGAGCGUUAAGGAAAACCAACAUCGGCAGCGUUGACUCAACAAAUGGGAAGAAUGAAAAUUAGGAUCCCAGCAGGAAUCGAACCCAAGCAUUCUGCGUGGCAAUCAGGCAUUCUACCACAGAGCCACGCCAGGUCGAUAAACUCGUUUGGAAAAACAGCCUACGCAGGCGUAAUAUCGGUGCAACGUCAAUUGUGGUUGUGGUGCUGGCUAUCUAAUUUUACAAGAAAGCAAUAAACACUACAUGAUACUCCUACGAUGUGUACUCCUGCGAUACAGGCGUCAUAUCAGAUUAACGUCUGUAGUUCCAGUGUUGGCUCCACAUUUAUAGCAGUCUAAUAAACAUUACGUUUGUAUUCCUAUGAUUCAGCAAGCUAUAUUGAAGCAUUGCUCGACCCCGAAGGAAUAUAUUAUUGAACGUUACAUAUGAUAUCCACAUCACCGCACCGUAAAAUGCACUUCGUCCACUAGAGCGACGCAGUGUCCUCUUCAUUUCUUACGAGGCUGGGCGAUGGCCUCAUGCUGACCGAGGAUGAUGCCAGAUUGAUUGACAGCCGCUUUGUAGACUAGGCUACGGAGGCCACAUACGCCCAGGUAGUCUACGAAUACGACAAACACCAUCCACUGAUGUUUGUCUCCGUAGCACUAUCCAGGUCUACCAGCCUCGACGGCCUAUACCUCCCCAACGCGAAGGGUGGCUUUAGGUUCCGACUUGUCGCCGACUCUGUCGACAGAAAAUUUGUCGACGAAAUGACCGAGGCAUACACGAAUUCCAACAGCUCUACUAUACCACAUACUUCACUACACAUGGACCCCUCGUCACCACGAUCACGACCGGAUCCUAUAACAAGUCAUGACCAGCUGCUGGUGCUCACUGAUCACGGUGAUAAUGCCCUUGUUCAAGAACUGUCAAGAGCUUUUUGCACACAUGCAGACGGGUUCGUGAAACGUGCAUGCGUUCUCGGGACACUUAUAAGCACUACAUAUCAGCUUACCGCUUCUGGUGUUGGUAACACCCACGUUGCCAUUGGCAGCGUUACCGAACCGUAAACAACUGGUAUAUAACCAGUUGUUUACGGUCAUA